GGAGAGGAAAGGAGAGGAGGAAGGGGGGCCCGAGGGAGGAUGGGGAGCGAGGCAGGAGGGGGAGGGGCCUCGGCGAGCCCAGAAAAACGACAACGCGAGAAAAAUUAGUAUUUUUGCACUUCACAAAUUAAUGACCAUGAGCUCGUUUUUGAUAAACUCCAACUACAUCGAACCCAAGUUCCCGCCCUGCGAAGAGUUCGGGGCGCCCGGCGGCCCCGACGGGGGAGGCUACCCCCCGCCCCCGCAGCCCCCGCAGCCCCCGCCGUCCCCGCACCUGCAGCCGCCCCCGGGGGCCGGCCGCUCGCCCCCGGGCUACUACCGCCCGCCGCGGGCCGGGCCGGAGCCGGGGUACCCCGCGCCCGCGCCCAGCGCCGCCCUCUACCCCGCGACCCCCGCAGCCGGCGCCCGCUACCCGUACGGCUAUGGCCGCGCCAGCCCCGGCCGGCCCCGGCACGAGCAGCCCCCGCCCCCGCCACCCCCGGUCCCCGCCGGCCCCGCCGGCCAGACUCUGCUCGUGGCCAGCCACGUCCUGCCGCCCCCGCAGCCUCAGCCGCACCCGGCUCCUCCCGCGCCCCCACCCCCAGCUCUCCCCCGCCGCAGCGAGGCGGCCCCCGCCGCCGCGGGCAGCCCCCCGGGGUGCCCCCUGCUCCUGGCGGACAAGAGCCUGUGCGGCCUGAAGGGCAGCAAGGAGCCCGUGGUGUACCCCUGGAUGAAAAAGAUCCAUGUCAGCACCGUCAACCCCAAUUACAAUGGAGGGGAACCCAAACGUUCCCGAACCGCCUACACCAGGCAGCAGGUCUUGGAGCUGGAGAAGGAGUUUCAUUUUAACCGUUACCUGACCCGGCGGCGGCGCAUCGAGAUCGCUCAUACGCUCUGCCUCUCCGAGCGCCAGGUCAAGAUCUGGUUCCAAAACCGGAGGAUGAAGUGGAAGAAGGACCACAAACUGCCCAACACUAAGCUGCGCUCCUCGGCUCCGGCCCCAGGCAGCCAGGCCUCCAAGGCACAGACUCCCGGGCCGCAUCUGCACCCCCGCCACCAGCCAGGUGCCUCCACACCCAACUCCUCCGCGCUAUAACCGUCCGCAGGCCCAUUUUCCUCCCUCCCGGCCUCCGCCGUUUCUCUUCUGCCCCGCUUUCUCCCUCCCCCGGUUUGGACCAAAAAUAAACGCCCACACAGCCCCCGACCGCGCAUUUGUAGCUAAGAAGGACGAGCGAGAAUGAGAGAAGACGCGAGCUCUGGCAGAGGACAGGUUGUCACCUGGAUCUGGACCCUAGCGCAGGCUGGCCGGCCUACCCGUGCGAGUGUUUAUUUAUGGAAAUGCUCACCGAGCUGGGAGGGGAAGUUCGGGACCUAACUAAGGACGCCUUUGAAUGCAGGAUUUUUGAAAUGGCUAAAAAAUAAAGUCCUACCCAGUGGUGAUGGGAGUUGUGCAGUUCUCGGAAAUGUCCACCUACAUCUAGUGCAAACAAAAGAACCGGGCCCUUCCUCCCCCCCCCCCCCAUCUUGUAUUCCCUCUCCCCCAGCAGCUUGCAAAAACUGAUUCUGAACAGAAAAGAGAAGAGGACAUUUGGAAAGUCAUAAGGUUAUUUAAUUGGUCUCCAGGUGUAUAGUCCCUAAUGAUAUUUGUGACACAUUAGUUUCUCUUUAUCUCAUUUAUUUAAAAUAUUGUUAGAGGUUUAUUGUUGUCUUACUCUCUGGCCCAGCUCUAACUGGCAAGAGGGGGCCCAUUUAGAUCCACGUGAGACUGUAAAUUGUGGGUUUUGGUGUAACUGUAUAUAGAGCCAAGUGCUGAGAAUAAAUCCUGUAAAACAGCAACAACAAACCAUGAUAUUAAAGGCUUAAAACAA